AUCGCUGCUGAGCCCAUCAUGUCGGCCGCGACGAAACUGGACAUCGAGCAUGUCGCUGCACAUGACGACCCACGCCAAUGGUCGUCGGCACGCAAGACCGCGACGCUGCUCAUCGUGUCGUCCGCGUCUCUCAUCACCACGAUUGCUGCAGGAAUAUACAACCCAUCGAUUGUACAGAUCGAGCACGACCUGCAUGCAACGGCCUCGCAGAUCAGCUGGACGCUAUCUCUUUUCGUGCUCAUCCAGGGCGUCGUGCCCAUCCUCUGGAGCGUCCUAAGCGAGCUGAAAGGUCGGAAGAUUGUUUACAUCAUCUCCAUCCUCCUCUUCGUCGGCGGUUCAAUCGGCGCGGCGCUAUCACCGUCCAUCGGCCUACUCAUCGGUAUGCGAUGUGUGCAGGCAGCUGGCUCCAGCGCCGUUCUCGCCAUCGGUGCGGCGACCCUUGCCGAUAUCUACGACUCCCAUGAACGGGGCUCUAAGAUGGGCCUCUACUACAGCGCCCCGCUUCUGGGACCCUCAAUAGGGCCCAUCUUAGGUGGAGGACUCACGCAGGGGUUCGACUGGAGAGCAUGUUUCUGGUUUCUCGUCAUAUUCGGAGGCCUCAACCUAGCUUCGUUUGUGUUCUUGUUCAAGGACACGUUCCGCCGUGAACGCAGUCUGGCCUACCAGCGGGUCCUGAAACGGAACAUCGAGGAGAGCCAACGCAGCGAGGCUCAGUCUCACGCAUCGUCCAAGAACACCUAUGAGAAAACGCCCCCCACCGAGGUCUCCGCGGCUGAGGCAGCCGAGCGUAAGCCAACGGCUCCCGCGUUCAAGGAUAUCAAGCUGUCCCUGAAGGACGCGGAUCCGGUUAUGCCUAUGCUCCGAGUUCUGCGAUACCUCAACAACCCGGUAAUACUGACCGCUUCCGGAUUUAUCUACGGGUUUUCGUACUCCAUUCUGUAUACGUCGGCCCGUGUCCUGGCGGCGCAGUAUGGCUACGACGCGCUGCACACCGGCCUCGUUCUUCUGGCCUUCGGUGCAGGGAGCGUUGCCGGCAGUAUCCUAGGUGGCAAGUGGUCCGACAUGACGCUGGCUCGAGUUCAACGUAAAAGCGGCGGGCAGAGGUUUCCCGAGAUGCGCCUGCAGUCUACCUUCUUCGGCAUGGUGUUCCUGCCGCCGUCUAUUAUCGCGUACGGGUGGGUUGUACACGAGAACGUGCAUAUCGCCGCUCCGGUCGUCUUCCUGUUCCUUUGCGGCUUAUUCUCUGUUUGGGUGUACUCAAGUACGCUUGCGUACAUCGUCGAUGCCAAUGCAGGACAGUCAUCAUCGGCGGUCGCCACGAAUAGCUUGUUCCGCGGGCUCUUUGCAUUCGCCGCUGCCGAACUAGCCGUGCCGGUACAGGACCACCUCGGCGACGGGUGGAUGUACACCAUAUGGGGAGGGGUCAUGAUCUUGACCAAUGUGCUGAUUCUGCUGGUGUGGGCGUACGGUCGCAGUUGGCGCGAGAGGAAGGUGCGUGGCCGCUCAUGCGGUACAUGAUGAUUCGCGGGCAUACCUAGGAAGGAAACAAACCACAGGACUUUGGACCCC